UGGCAUUAACCCAAAUCAUCAGCGAGGGGAUGAUUUUCUUGCCCCAUUUAGUAGGGUCGGAAACUACGAUACUGUAAUGGCAGGCUCGGGACGCUAUUUAUACAGACAAUCAAAUAGGAUCACUCUCUCCCUCUCUCCAAUCUUGGAAGCUACGAGAUCAACUGCACCAAAAUUUACCAAACAUUUCCAAGCAGCAGUCUUUGAAAAAGAAGGAGAAGAAGGAGAAGGAGAAGAAGGAGAAGAAGAAGAAGCAGUCUUUGGAGAGUAAUGGGGGUUCAAAGCAACACCCGGAAAGCCACCCCGGAUAAGUGUCUUCCGACUUUAAAACAUCUCUUCGAUCAGGAUCCAUAUAGCAACAAACGCUUUGGCUUCAACAAUGGUAUUGAAGAUGAAGUUCUUUCUAUAAUUUCCUUCUGCUCCUCCAUUACCAGCCAGUAUGCGCCGACUUCUCAUGAAUUGAAGCGAUUCAAGCUCACCCAUCUUUUCUGUGUCAUCAAGUCGUCGAAGAAAAUGAUGCACGGAGAUGUUUUGUCGUCUCUCAUGUUUUUGGUGUCAGCCAAUCUAUUUCGGCCACUCCCUCCACCUCUCCCUGCUGCAAUCGGCUCAAACUUUGCUGAUGAUGAAGUCAUCAUUGCCAAUCCUUCUCCAAAUUGGCCGCAACUUGAAAUUGUCUACGAUAUCCUCCUCUGGCUGCUUGUCAACAUUGAUCCUCAGACACUCGAAAAGCAUAUAGAUUACAGGUUUCUUCUCGGCCUUCUUUCGCUUUUCGAUUCAGACGAAUCGAGGGAGCGAGAAAGUUUGAAGAAUAUAUACCACCAAAUAUAUUACAGAUUCACCAUGUACAGAUCAUUCAUGCGAAAGUCAAUGAGCUCAGUGUUCUUAGACUAUAUUUUUGAGACAGAGCGGCACAAUGGCAUCGCAGAGAUGCUUGAGAUAUGGGGGAGCAUAAUCAAUGGAUUUGCAGUUCCUCUAAAGGAAGAGCACAAAGUUUUCUUGAAAAGGAUACUAAUUCCUCUGCACAAGGUCAAAGGAAUGCAAGGUUUCAACAAGCAGCUGGCUUACUGUGUGUCUCAGUUUGUGCAGAAGGAUCCUGAGCUUGGUGGGUUGGUGGUGAGAAGAAUCAUAAAGUACUGGCCUGCGGCUAACACUCAGAAGGAGCUUAAACUCAUCGAGGAAAUGGAGGAUUUGGUGGAGAGAUUGGACCCAAAACUACAUAGGGAUUUAGCUCUGCCCCUCUGUUCCCACAUGACAAAAUGUUUCAACAGCUUGAACUCCCUGGUGGCAGAGCGAGCGCUGUACAUGUGGAACAGCGAGGCGUUCGUGAAGAUGGUGUCAACAGCCAUGGAAGAGGUGUUUCCAGUGAUCAUUGAAGGGAUGGAGAAGAUUGUGAGAAGUCACUGGAGUGAUAGUGUUAAGGAAUUGGCAUACAAUGUGAAGACUGUUCUUGAAGAAAUGAAUCCAAAUCUUUACCACAAAACCCUCCAUCAAAAGGGGUUUACAGAAGUAGAAGCAAACCAAAUUCACAGAUUGUAUUGGGCUGCAUCUUAGAUGUUUCAUGCAGGCAAAUAGUAGAGCUUUGUUGCGUUUUGUAAAUCAUUUUGUUUUUAGUUUUCUACUUCUGAAAA